UUCUCUGGCGUUGUUGAAGUGGUCAUUAAUCCUGCAAAAUUUUUUUUUCUUGUGAAAUUUAACAAAAAUUUAAGAAUAUAACAAAGAAUUUGUGUUUAUUUUAAAGAAAAGUGGUGUUUUAACAUUCAAUAAAAUGUCGAAUGAAGAAGAGAAGAUUGAAGGGCCAGAUGAUUCGAAUGAGACUGCUUCGGAAACUACAUCUUCGUCCGGUGAAAAAGAUGAGGGCUAUGACAAAAAGAUGCAAACAGAUAGUUGCAAACGUUUUGAUUUCUUGUUGAAACAAACGGAAAUUUUUACACAUUUCAUGAGCAACAGCAUAAAGAGUCCUACUAAACAAAAGGGACGGCCAAAGAAAAAGGACAAGGAAAAGGAAAAGGAUAAAGACAAGGAUAAGGACAAGGAUGCUGGAGGAAAUGCCGAUCAUCGUCAUCGCAAAACUGAACAAGAAGAAGAUGAGGAACUUUUGGCUGAAGAUACCCAAAGUAAGGAUAUCUUUCGUUUUGAAGCUUCUCCCAGCUACAUCAAGGGCGGCGAAAUGAGAGACUAUCAAAUACGUGGUUUGAAUUGGAUGAUUUCCUUACACGAGAAUGGCAUCAAUGGCAUUCUGGCCGAUGAAAUGGGUUUGGGUAAAACACUGCAGACCAUAUCACUUUUAGGUUACCUAAAACAUUUCAAAAAUCAGGCUGGUCCCCACAUUGUCAUCGUUCCCAAAUCUACACUGCAAAAUUGGCUCAACGAAUUCCAAAAAUGGUGUCCCUCACUAAGAGCUGUUUGCCUUAUUGGUGAUCAAGAGGCUCGUAAUACUUUUAUACGUGAUGUUCUCUUGCCCGGUGAAUGGGAUGUGUGUGUGACAUCGUAUGAAAUGUGCAUACGUGAAAAAUCAGUUUUCAAGAAAUUCAACUGGCGUUACAUGAUUAUUGAUGAGGCUCAUCGUAUCAAAAAUGAAAAGUCAAAAUUAUCGGAAAUCUUGAGGGAGUUUAAAACAUCCAAUCGCCUCUUGAUUACCGGUACACCAUUGCAAAAUAAUUUGCACGAAUUAUGGGCUCUAUUGAAUUUCUUACUGCCUGAUGUGUUUAACUCGUCCGAGGAUUUCGAUGAAUGGUUUAACACCAACUCUUGUCUGGGCGAUGAUGCACUGGUGCAACGUCUACAUGCUGUACUUAAGCCGUUUUUGUUGCGUCGCUUAAAGUCCGAGGUGGAGAAGAGAUUGAAACCCAAGAAGGAAAUCAAAAUAUUUGUGGGAUUAUCCAAAAUGCAAAGAGAAUGGUAUACCAAGGUUCUUAUGAAAGACAUUGAUGUGGUCAAUGGAGCCGGAAAAGUUGAGAAAAUGCGUUUGCAAAACAUUUUGAUGCAAUUGCGCAAAUGUACCAAUCACCCCUAUCUGUUUGAUGGCGCCGAACCCGGUCCACCCUAUACCACUGACACCCAUUUGAUAACCAACUCGGGAAAAAUGGUUAUUCUGGACAAGUUGCUGCCUAAAUUGCAAGCUCAGGGAUCCAGAGUGUUGGUUUUCUCUCAAAUGACCAGAAUGUUGGAUAUCCUUGAGGACUAUUGCCUAUGGCGUAAUUAUCAAUAUUGUCGUUUGGAUGGUCAAACACCCCAUGAAGAUCGUAAUCGUCAGAUCCAAGAGUAUAAUAUGGAAAACUCCACAAAGUUCCUUUUUAUGUUGUCCACCAGAGCCGGUGGCUUGGGUAUUAAUUUAGCCACUGCCGAUGUUGUAAUCAUCUAUGACUCCGAUUGGAAUCCUCAAAUGGAUUUACAGGCUAUGGACCGUGCCCAUCGUAUUGGCCAAAAGAAGCAAGUGCGAGUAUUCCGUUUUAUUACCGAAAAUACGGUUGAAGAGAAAAUUGUCGAAAGAGCCGAAAUAAAACUGCGAUUGGACAAAAUGGUCAUACAACAGGGUCGAUUGACCAAUAAUGCCGGCACCCAAUUGAACAAGGACGACAUGUUGAACAUCAUUCGUUUUGGUGCCAAUCACGUUUUUGCCUCCAAAGACUCUGAAUUAACGGAUGAGGACAUCGAUACCAUUCUGGAAAGGGGUGAAGCUAAGACUGCAGAGGAAAAGGCCAAGUAUGACUCUUUGGGUGAAAGUUCUUUGCGUACAUUUACCAUGGACACAGCGGAGGGUACUUCCUCAUCGGUGUAUCAAUUUGAGGGUGAAGACUAUCGUGAAAAACAAAAACUCAAUACCCUGGGCAAUUGGAUAGAGCCUCCCAAGAGAGAACGUAAAGCCAAUUACGCUGUUGACGCCUAUUUCCGCGAGGCUUUGCGUGUUUCCGAACCCAAGGCCCCCAAAGCACCGCGCCCUCCAAAGCAGCCAAUUGUGCAAGACUUUCAGUUUUUCCCUCCCAGACUUUUUGAGAUACUGGACCAGGAAAUUUACUAUUUCCGCAAAACUGUGGGCUAUAAAGUUCCCAAAAAUUCCGAACUGGGCUCAGAAGCUACAAAGGUGCAGCGGGAGGAACAGCGUAAAAUCGACGAAGCCGAACCCUUGACUGAGGAAGAGCUCGCCGAAAAGGAGUCAUUGUUGAAUCUAGGCUUCACCAAUUGGAGCAAACGUGAUUUCAAUCAAUUCAUAAAGGCCAAUGAGAAAUAUGGUCGCGAUGACAUCGAAAACAUAGCCAAGGAUGUGGAAGGCAAGACGCCAGAGGAAGUUAUCGAAUACAAUGCAGUAUUUUGGGAACGUUGUCAUGAGCUGCAGGACAUUGAGAGAAUAAUGGGACAAAUAGAAAGGGGCGAGGGAAAAAUACAAAGACGCUUGUCCAUCAAGAAAGGUUUGGAUCAGAAGAUGUCACGUUAUCGAGCACCUUUCCAUCAAUUGCGUUUGCAGUAUGGCAAUAAUAAGGGUAAAAACUAUACUGAAAUUGAAGAUAGAUUUUUGGUGUGCAUGCUACAUAAGCUGGGCUUUGACAAGGAGAAUGUCUAUGAAGAAUUAAGAGCUGCUAUCAGAGCCUCUCCACAGUUUCGCUUUGAUUGGUUCAUUAAAUCUCGUACAGCAUUAGAGUUACAAAGGCGCUGUAAUACCCUUAUUACUCUCAUCGAAAGGGAAAAUCUCGAAUUAGAGGAAAAAGAAAGACAAGAGAAAAAGAAAAAGGUGACCAAAAACACCACGACACCGGCAGCCGCACCUCCAGCAAAAUCCAAUCAGAAACGCAAAUCCGAGGUGGUGGCAAACGAGAAGAAUGCCAAGAAGAAGAAAAAGUAAUUCCCCCCUCAAUAAACUUCAAUCUAAAUAUAAGGUAACACUUACGAGAUUAUAUAUAAGCCCAUAACCAUUAACUAUUCCUUAAUGAUGCGUACAUACGAUGAUGAUGAUGCAAAUGAUUUGUAUAAUUUUGACUCAUGCAUGGAGCAACAAGAACAACAAUCUUCGAUUUCUCUGAAUAUUUUACUUAAAAUAUAUCUUUAAAGACAGCUAUAAAAUUUUUAAGGAUGACACUUCAA